CAGCCUCCAGAGGGGCAGCGAUGGGACCCAGGCAGGGGUCAGGAGUGCAGAAUGAGCCUCCCCAGCCCAACGCUGCUCUGGGGUCACCCUGUCCGGGGCUGUGAGGGGAACGGGUGCCUCUUGUGCCCUGACUGGCCCGUGUAGGGCAGGAGCCGGCCAGCUGGCACCGGCCCAACAGAUCCUGGAAGGACUUGCGGGAACCAGCACGAGCCAAAAUUCCCUCGUCAGCGCAACGGGGCCAGGAGCAGCCACCCCUUGCCAAGGGCUGCCCUGGAAGCCUCUCCCCUGUAGGGCAGAGUGGGGGGUUGGCCCCUCGCAGGUGGGCUCAGCCCGAUGUGGCCGGUGCUUGGUGCUGCUCAUGGGGACCCUGGGCACAACCCUGCCCCACAGCCCCCAGCAGGGCAGGAUCUGGCCCUGUGCUGCUGCCUCAAGGAGCCGCAGCCCUGGCCACGUGCCUGGACCGGGUCACACCUUGGCCACCUCCAGCUGGUGCCACCACAGUGAAGGUGACACCACCAGCACCCGCCCUGAUGCCAGAGGGAGGGUCUGGGGCAGCUGUCAGGGGGUGCUGCCCACGCGGGCUGGGGAUGGGGACAACGCCAGGGUGACAACAGCAGCGAGAAGCCACCAUCCCCUUGGCUGGUGGCGAAUGACCCUGAGAGCGACCCUGCACGUGACCCUGCUGUGCUGGGCACUGGCCCACCUGGCCAGUGGAGUGGGAGCCCUGCGAGCAGGUUAAUGAGUCACCAAGGCACCACCUGCCCUGUCCCGGCACCAGCCUCAGUGCCUGGGCUCCUCCGGGCGGCUGUAGCCUCCCCGAGGGGCACCACUGCCCACCGGCCCCGGGAAAACCCCACGGUGUGGCCGCGGCCGAGCACCCGGUUCGCGAGAUUUGCAUGCUGUGAUUAAGGCAGUGAAGCAAUCGCGCUGUUGCCUCAUCGGUGAGAAUCCCCGAGGCCCGUGCGCUAUAAAUGCCCCCGAUCAAUGAGCACAGCCGGGCAGCAGCGAGCGGAGCCGGGCUGGGCAGGGCCGCACUGAACAGAGGAGGAGACACCGAGCCGGGCACCCACCAUGUGCUUCCUCACCCGUGGGCUGGCGCUGCUGCUGGGCGUGCUGCUGUGGGCGCCGUGGCGAGCGCUGCACGGGGCGCCACUGACCGAGCUCUCAGGGGACCAGGACUUCCAGCUCUUCCUGCAGAGGAACCUCGAGUUCACUCGCAAGAUCCGUGGGGAUGUGGCCGCGCUGCAGCGCGUGGUGUGUGACACCUUGCAGCUGUGCAAGGAGGACGAGCUGCUGCUGGUGCGGCAGCACCUGGACAUCGCCCAGGCGCCUCUGGAGCAGUGUCACAAGCGAACCUUCCAGGCAGAGACUUGCUUCAACCAAAUCCGUGCCGGGCUCCACAUCUACCAAGGCUCUCUGGCCACCAUCCAGGCCCUGCUGCCUGGGCACGCUGGGCUGGUGGAGACCCUGCAGCUGGACAUGGCCAACCUGUCCUCCAACAUCCAGCAUCAGAUGGAGGACCUGGACCUGGCCACGGUGACGUACCCCACAGAGAACCAGGACCCCCUCCCCACCUUCUCCUCCCACUUCCACCACCAAGUCGGCGGCUUCUUCAUCCUGGCCAACUUCCAGCGGUUCCUGGAGACGGCGUACCGGGCGCUGCGGCACCUCGCCAACCUUUGACGCCUGUUUGUGGAUGUCCCAGCUGAGGGACAUCCCGAGAGCACCCCAUUUCCUGCUUAUUUAAUAUUUAUGGCUAUUUAAUAUUUAUCUGUCUGGGGAUGCUCCCCCACCUGUGGCCCCGGGCGGGUGCCAGGGGAUCCCGCGGUGGAUCCGUGCACAGGUACCUGUGCAGCAUCACCCUUGUUUAAUAUUUAAACACAAGCGUAUCUCUGCUACGAGGUUCUGGAGCUGGGCUGAGCCCCCACAGCUGCUGCAGGCGCUGCCUGUGCCUCAGUUUCCCCACAGCUCGCACUGCUGGGGCUGCUGCAGCAUCCCACAGGAAACCACCUUCAUCCCAGGAUGAGGAUGCUCCAGAGCAGCAUCUCCCUGUCCGGUCUGCAGCCUGCAGGGACACAUCUGAUGGGUGUUAUUUCUAGUAAUUAAUAUUUAUUAGCCAUUAGGGAGGGAGGGGAGGCAAAAUGGAAGAACCAGAGGGAUGCAGCAGCCUCAGCAGGAUGAGACUUUUCCAGGGAGCCCCAGCAUUUUGGGGAGCUGCAUCUCUGUCCCCCUUCCCUGCUAAACUUGGAGUACUUAUUGCAGUUUAACUUAUUUGUGCCCACCCCUGGCCGGAAAGAGCCACUUGGACACAUUCCCAUCCUCCUGAGCCUGACGCAGCCCCGGUCCCGUGGCUGUGUGGGAGCUCUGGGCGUGGGGGGUUUUUUGUACUGUAUUUAUUGCUGCAGCUGGGUGAGCCCUAAGAAACACCCGCUUUUUUCUAAGUGAUAAAAAAGGAA